UGAGGGAGGGAGGCUAUGCGGCAAAAACUCAGUGAGAAGCGUAUAUAUUCGAGCCAGCGAGCGGGACCCACACAGUCAGCAGCUGGACGCCAACCAACCACCAUGAACGCAAAGAUCGUGAUCCUCCUCGGCCUGGUCGCCAUGGCCGCCGCCGACAGUGACGAGUUCAGGGGUUACCGCGCCCCCAGGGCAUCCUCCGAGGAGUCCUACGAGUCCUCCGAGGCCAAGUACAACUUCCAGUGGGCCGUGGACCACGACCCCUCCAGCAACGAGUUCGGCCACCAGGAGGCCCGCGACGGUGACAACACACAGGGCUCCUACUACGUGCAGCUCCCCGACGGUCGCCUGCAGCAGGUUACCUACUACGUGGACGGUGACUCUGGCUACAUCGCUGACGUCAAAUACACCGGCUCUGCUUCUUACGAAUCUGACGAGUCCAACGAGUCCUUCCGUUAUUACGGAUCCAACGAGUCCAAGUAAAUCAGACGCUGACCUCACCGUCUUCACGGACAAGGCCUGAUGUGUACAAGUCCUCAACGUGACCUGUGAUGGUCGUGUAUUUAUCUAUUUAUUUUUCUAUUUAUUAAACCUUCUUCCCGCA